GGCGGGGGGGCGGCGGCUCUCCCCCCUCCCCAUGAAGGGCCUCCUCCGCCUGGGGGGCUGCCUGGAGCCCGGCGCCGAGGGGCCGCCGCCGCCGCUCUCCCGCACGCGCUGGUACUGCCGGCCCGCCAAGGCCCCGCCGACGUCGUGGGAGGAGGCGGAGGAGGGCGCCGUCUACACCGUCAGCGCGCGGGGCGCCGGCGGCGAGGUAAGCGGGGCGGCCGGCCCCGUCGAGGAUGAACCCGCCUCUUCUUCUCAGUCCCGGGCGCUGAAGGCCGGCUCGCUGCCCCGCCUGGUGCGGCACCUGCUGGACGCUCCGGCUCUGGGCGACGCGGGCUACCGGCCGGCCUUCCUGGCCACCUAUCGCGGCUUCGCCCGGCCGGCCGUCGUGCUGGGGCUGCUCCUGGAGAGGCUCCAGGCAGUGACCGGCUCCAAUGCUCGCAGCCCCCCAAAGACGGAGGACCUGCAGCGAGCCCUGGCCUCGCUCCUCUGCUCCUGGCUGGACGGCUACCCCCAGGACUUCCUGGGGCUGGAGCCCCACCUGCGGGAACAGCUGGUCAGCUGGCUGCACUGGGCCUGCGGAAGCAGCCCGGGGCCCGAGAAGAGCCUGCCGGACGCCCCCAGCAGCCGAGGCCCGCCGGCGGUUGAACACGGACGAGAGGAGAGCUCCGGCCAAGACGUGGACCCCGAUCCCCACUACAUCCUGGGGCUGCAGGCGGAGGAGGUGGCCGCCCACCUCACGGCGCAGGACGGGGACCUCUUCCUGCGCCUAGUGCCCCACGAGUGCCUCGGCUCUGCCUGGUCCCAGCGUGACAAGAAAGGCCACGAGGGCGACUGCCCCACCGUCCGGGCCACCGUGGCCCAGUUUAACCUCGUGGCCAACGCCGUCAUCUUUUCCUGCCUGCGGGACACGGGGCUGCGUGCCGCCCAGCGGGCCCGGCUUCUGGAGAAGUGGAUCUGCGUGGCUGAGGAGUGUCUCCUCCACCGCAACUUCUCCUCGCUCUACGCCGUGGUCUCCGCCCUGCAGUCCACGUCUUUGCACCGGCUGAAGCGGACCUGGGAGGAGACUUCCAGGUGGGUGAGGAGGGGGCUGGGAAGGAGCCUCCAGCUGCUCCUCCUCCUCGCUCCCCUGCCCCCAUGCCGAAUGCCCGAUCUGUGGGGCAGGAGGAAAACGGGCCCUGCCCCCCUUGUCAGGCCAUUGAAAGCCCCCCCCCCCCCCGGGCAAGAUGGAGAUGAGGGGCAAAGAAGGAGACCCCUG